CCUGCACCGGCAGCGGACGCACGUUUUUCCCAUUUUCGCUCACAUAAACAAAACUAUUUUUAAACCGCAAUUGGCCAAACCAAACAAUACUUCGGACCGGACUACACAAUUAAACGAGCAACGGCCGCAAUACUCAUCGGAUCGGCAGUAAAAUGCUUUUUUCUUGUCAGCGGCCGCCACAGAAGCUCCUGGGUGCCGAAUGCGUGCUGACGACGACGGUGGCCAACGAUCGGCGCGGCGUGCCGUCCAAUUAAUUUAAUUUACAGAAGUGUGUACGCGCAGAAGAUUUAUUGAGUGGCUGGCUGGUGCUGCGGCUGCCAAGAGUCGGAAAAGGGUCAGGCGCGUACACGUCUCUAAACAAGAGGCGCUACAUUGCGCGGCAACGCGUCCUCUGAUUGACUUGUUGGCAACGGAGUGUGAACUGACACGGACACGCACGCACCCAGUACUCAAUUCUCGACCAAAAACAAGAAGAAACCUGCGCAUGGCCGCAAUUAGUGCGGAUGGGAACAACAAUGGACUGAUGCGAACAGUUGUUGCCGAUGUCUGCCAAAAAGCCAAAAGCGGCCGCAGAAGAACAACAGCAGCAUGCAACAGCAGCAGCAGCAGCAUAAGAUAUUUGCUAAAAUUGAGCAAUUUGCUAGUGCCGCAGCGUUACGUAUACGUGAUAUUAAAAAUAAAGUACCAGCGACGACUGCCCAGACCAUACCACAGCAGCAGCAGCAGCAGCUGGUUGCACAGAAAGCUGCAGAAGGAUGAACAAACGCACCGUCAUCAUAGUGGGCAUUAUUGCCAGCCUGCUGGGUCUGGUGCUGGGUGCGAACUUCUACUUCAUGUACUACCUGAACAUCGAGGAGGGCCACCUGGCCAGCGUCCGGGCACUGGAGAACAUGAUCCGGCACAAGAUGCGCCACCUCCAUCCGGCCUACCUCAACCGCAAUCCGCGCUUCUUUAUGUUCCGCAACAAACUCCUCAAAAACUACAAGAUGGCCCCCUACGAGAAUGCCAGCGUGCUCUGGGACAUUGCCAAUUGGUGGCCACACGAGAACGAGAUCUACCCGCUGUAUGACUCCUCGAUGGGCCACCUGCUGGAGACCCUGCGCAAGGAGCCCAUCACUCGAGUAAGCAAUCUGGCGCGCGGCACUCAGCUGAAGCUCCUCACGCGGCUCUCCAACCAGCAGAAGGUCAUCUUCAAGCCGCAAUGGUAUCCCCGCGACGAGAUCAUCGAGGGUGCCGUCUACAGCGGCAAGGACCGGCACACGGCCGAGGUAUACGCCUUCUAUCUGGGAGCCGUGCUCGAUCUGCGUUGGACGCCGAUCGUGGUGGGGCGCGUGGUCAAUUUGAAGACUGAAAUCUACGCCAUGGGCGACCAGGAGCUGCAGAAUACCAUCAACAUCGAGAUGGACGAUGAUGGUAAUGAGACCUAUUGCCUGUACGGCAAGUGCCACUACUGCAACGAGGAGGAGACCGUCUGCGGGGACGAGAAGCACAAUAUCGAGGGCGUAUUCAUCUACAUUGUGCCCGGCACUCUGGCGAAACGACGCUCUCCCUGGCAGCGCACCUACAAGGAGGACAGAAGAGCGCCCUGGGAGGAUGACAUGACGUACUGCAAAUCGCUCAAGAACAAAAUGGAAACCAUUCGCCUGCUGGACCUCAUCGAUGUGGCCAUCUUUGACUAUCUCAUUCAGAACGGAGACCGCCAUCACUACGAGACGCGGGAGGAGCGUGUGGUGCUCAUCGACAAUGGCAAGGCCUUCGGGAAUCCCAACAAGGAUCACCUGGACAUCCUGGCGCCGCUCUACCAGUGCUGCCUUCUGCGCAAAUCCACAUGGGACCGCCUUCAGGUAUUCUCCGGUGGCGUGCUGACCGAAAUAGUCGAUCGUUUGUCCAAACAGGAUGCCCUGUAUCCCCUCAUCACGGAUAAGCAUAAACGCGGCGUGGAACGCCGGUUGCUUGUGGUCUAUGCCGUGGUGGAAUACUGCAUGGACCUGGAGGGUGACAAAAUGUUCAAAACGCUCUAA